UCAAGAACUCACGUUGGACUUCACGGCAAGUCAUUCGAAAACAUUGCCACUUGUAGCUACUGCGUGAACAAAGUGUGGACGGACGAGCGGUUCCAACACGACUGCCAUUUGGCCAAAGCUAAAGGAAGAAGAAAUUGAGUCCGGGCUAAUCGCUACGCAACCGUGAGUCUGGUGGGAAUGGUAGUGGAUCGUCUGCUGCUUUGUGGCAUCAAAGUAACGUGGAACUUUGAGCUGUCUACACUCAAAACGAAGCUGCGAACACUUGUAUCUUGACUGAGAAAAAAGAAACGAAUAAGAGAACAGGAAGCGAUAGCGUCGACAACCCUGCGGAAACUCACACGGUGAAAGUCUGAAGCCGCUGACUGGAGAGGCGCACGCCUUUGAAGACGCACAACAUCAGGUGGCGGCACAAAGAACCACACACAGGAAGUACGGGGGAGUGACGCAUAAUUACCAUAGUCGCGAAAACGCGAAGAUUAAGACAAGCGGAGACGGUCGAUCCACUCAGCUACCUACGCAAUUGAGAUAAGAGGAAGCUCCGAGAACACGAGUGACUCGAGAUACGCGGACGGCCCGGCGCUAAUGUGUACAGAAGGAAUCGCCGAGCAACAGCAGUAGUCCAAGACACUCCUUCCUGAAUUAGCGGCACAUCAGACGAGGUCUAAGCAUAAAAUCCCGCGCACACAGAAGGCGGCCGAGAUAUUGCAAUAAUACCACCGAGACAGUCAUCAAGGAGUUGCGGAACGGCACAGCGCAGGGGCAAAUCCGGGCGUGUAUAACAAGACAUUGCGAAAACAGGUAAAGGAGACAGUGAGACGACACGCGAAUGCGCCGCUUGAUACCGGAAGGACGGCUAGUGCAGUGAACAGCGACAUCUACCUAGCAGGAAAGGACAAUGAAAAGAGCUGAAGAGAUCACUGAAUAAUCGCUGAAUCACGCGUCGGUAAAGCCAAAUCGGAAAGACAGUAUAGUGAAGUCGUCGUCGUAACUGAAGGCUGGUCCGCUCGUACGAAAGCCAACUAAGAAACAGAGCCGGAGCCCAACGGACAAAACACCCUCAAGAACGCGUUCAUUGGGGACUUGAGAGCCGGACGGGGUAAAGAGAAUCAGUUCUUGAGUGACAGUCGUCGAGUGCACGUGGACAUAGUGUGAGAUAGCAUCUGCUUCCACAGCAGCCUCCUUAAGACCCUUCGUUUCUAAAGUGCGGAACAAAAACUAUCAAUACAAGCGAACUGCAAGAUGUCAGCCGCUCAGUUUGCCGUGCUGGACUACGUCGUGCUCAUCGGUUUCCUGGUGCUCUCCGCCGGCAUCGGGGUGUUCUUCGCAUGGCGUGACCGCCGCUCAAAGUCCAACAAACACUUCCUGACUGGAAACAGGGAGCUCAGUUGGCUGCCGGUGUCCAUGUCGAUGAUGGCCAGCUUCCUCUCGUCCAUCGCUAUCCUCGGACUUCCGUCGGAAGUGUUCCUGCGCGGUUCGACCAUCUGGACGGGUGCCGUAUCUUCAAGCCUGGCUGUCCUCGUGGCGGCUUUCGUCUUCCUGCCCAUGUACUACAAAAUGGAUAUCACCAGCAUCAACGAGUAUUUGGAGAAGAGGUUCAUGUCUACUGCUGUAAGAAACAUCGCGUCAGCCGUCUUUAUUGUACAAACGCUCCUUUACAUGGGCGUUGUGCUCUACGGCCCUUCAUUGGCUCUUGGAUCUGUGACAGGCAUACCAGUAUGGUCAUCCAUUCUCCUGAACGGCGUCGUAUGCACCUUCUACACCGCCAUAGGAGGAAUCAAAGCGGUCGUGUGGACGGACGUGGUUCAGAUGAUUCUCAUUUACGUCGGCUACAUCAUGGUCAUCGCAUCGGGCUUGUACCACUUGGGAGGUAUCGGCAACAUGUGGCACAUCGCUGGCGAAGGAGGUCGGCUUAUUUUCUUCAACUUCAGCCCGAGCCUUUACGACACGUACACGACGUGGAACGUCAUACUCGGCUGGACCAUCGGUUGGAUGGCCGCCUACUGCGCCAGCCAGACGCAGGUGCAGCGCUACUCCAGCAUGAAGUCGCUCAAACGAGCACGCAGGGCGCUGCUGCUCAAUAUCCCCGGCGUGGCCAUUACCCUGCUGCUGUCCGUACUGUCGGGGCUAACUAUCUACGCCGUGUACCGGGAUUGCGACCCGAGGCUCACUGGAGACAUUGACAAAGCCGAUCAGCUGAUGCCGUACAUUGUGCAAGACCUGCUGCGCAACUACCCGGGACUCAGCGGACUGCUCGUCGCCUCUGUCUUCAGUGGUUCCCUAAGGUAAGUAAGUGUUCACACACAGCCUGCCGUUGGC